AUGGCGAUGGCAGCUUCUGCCCGGUUACCACCUGAAGUAAAUCGUGUAUUAUUUGUCAGAAAUCUUCCAUUUAAUAUUACUUCAGAAGAAAUGUAUGAUAUUUUUGGAAAAUAUGGAGCCAUAAGACAAAUUCGAUUAGGUUGUGAAAAAGAUACACGCGGUACAGCAUUUGUUGUAUAUGAAGAUAUAUUUGAUGCCAAAGCUGCAUGUGAUCAUCUUAAUGGAUUUAAUGUUAUGGGGAGAUACCUGAUAGUACUAUACUAUCAACCUAACAAAGUUACUAAAAAGAUGAAUUUACAGAAAAAGGAAGAAGAGUUGAAAGAAUUAAAAAGGUAA